AUGAUCAUUUAUCAAAAUUCGUACAAAGCCUUUAUAAUUUUUAAACAUUUUGCACCAUUUUCAGGCUCAAAGCUGGCUAGUCCGGAAGCUGAACCCUUCUGCCCCUGCCUUUCCUCCAAAAUUGGCAGGUGGGUCCUCAUAUCUGUAGUGGUUUUCGUGUUAUUAGCAGCAGUGGUGAUCAUUAUUGUGGCCACCACCACAAACGCCUUCAAGAAAUCACCUCACAAAUGUAAGGGCGGCUCUGACCAUGAUUCCAGGCAAAAUUUUCGAACCAAUUCAUCAAUAGAUGAGGACAAUAUUGGUGGCGGCCGGAUACUGAGGUUUGUGGAGCGUCGGCAAUGGCUCGCCCAGCCGCCACAAAAGCAGCUUCCUGAUCUCCAGCACCCCGUAAAGUUGGUAAUUGUGAUGCCAACGAACUCGGAUGUUUGCAGCACGCAGGCGCAGUGCGUUUUCCGAGUUCGCAUACGACAGACAUUCGAUAUCGAGUCCAUGCAUGAGGACGAUAUAGUCUUCAACUUUCUGAUCGGCGGCGAUGGCAAUGUGUACGUGGGACGUGGAUGGGAUUAUCAGGGCGCCCACAUGGCUGGCUACAACGCAAAAAGUCUUAGCCUGGGCUUCAUUGGAUCUUAUAAAACGAACAAGCCAACGGACAAGCAGCUCAGUGUGACUCGACUUUUAUUGAAGAUUGGCGUUCAGUUAAAGAAAAUUGAGCCAAAUUACGAACUCACAGCGGCCGGUAGAUUGAAGCCCGAUGUUUCGCAAUACAAAGCAGAUGCCCUCUACAAAAGCUUUGCCGACUGGACUCAUUGGACGUGAAUAGUUUCAGUUUCUUAUUGAUAUAGGUGUUCUCUUGUAAAUUUAUAGCAUAUUCGCGUUAGCUAAAAUUACUAUUCGUUUGGAAAAAAUUUGAUAUUAAAUAAAGCAAAAUUAUUUAUA